CGUUCUGUUCUGUGAUUGGCCAUAAUAUUAGAGGGCUUUGUGGAGGAGUCAGCAUUCUUCCGGUUUAUGUGUUGACUAAAAAGACGAAUGGAGAGUGACUAACUCUACGGUUAACGUUGUUGUUUAGAAGGAAGAUGAGUUCUCAGCAGUUUCCAAGGACAACGUUGCCCUCCGCAGCUGUAGGGCAAGGCCAGGCACCUGGAGGAAACGCCAGCCUCGCGGCAGGGAACCAGCCUGGGAACCAGCCAGCAGGUGAUGAUGAAGGCAGUCGAGAUACUGACCGUGUCCAAGACCACUUACCAAGCAGUGGCACUGGAGGGUCCUUGUCGUUCCGUGACGAGAAGCAAGAGCCUGUGGUGGUGAGGCCCUACCCACAGGUGCAGUCCAUGGGACAGCCUGCCAUACUACCCCAGCAUGUACCCAUUCAGCCGAGCCCACCUAUCUCUGUGCCUGGCCCACCUGUGCAUCUGCCCCAGGGCCAGCCACCCACCUUCCCAGAUGGACAUGUGAAGGCUGCCAUGAAGUCACCCAUGCCCAGCCGCCUCAUAGCACCAGCUCCAACUGCUGGCCAAGGGCACCUUUCUGUGACCCCUAAAGUGCCCACUCACAUUGCUGUUACCCUGGAGAGCAGCAUUGCCCCCACCUCCUCCAUCCCUGUGGCAACCAUCAGUGGACAGCAAGGCCACUCCAGUAAUCUGCACCACCUGAUGGCAGCCAAUGUGCAAAUCAUCCGCAGCAGCACCCCAGGCCUUCAAAUCGGCUCACCUGCAGCCCCUCCACACACCUUCACAUCCCAUCUGCCCCGAGGAGCCGCUGCAGCAGCUGUUAUGUCGAGCACCAAAGGACCCACAGUGCUGAGGCCAGCGUCCGGAACCAGUGCAGGCCCUGGCCAGCCAGGUGCAGUCCAGCACAUCAUCCACCAGUCCAUCCAGUCGCGCCCAGCAGUGACCACCUCCACAGCUGUGAUGCCCACUGUGGUGGCCCCCAUCUCGGCUAACAGGACCCAGUCUCCUAUCAUCAGCCCGGUGGUCACACACAGCUCCACAGAUAUGAUCCAUGGGAGGCCAGGACUGACCCUUCACCAGCCCCCUCCGGCCACCAUCAGCAUCCAGAGGCCAGCCACACCCCGAGACACGGCCACUCGCAUCACCCUCCCCUCCCACCCUGCCAUUGGAGCCCAGAAACCACAGCCCCCUCACACUGUCACUCAGAAGCCUAUUUUUAGUACAGUGACUCCUGCUGCAACUGUGGCUCCAAUACUUGCCAGCAACACUGUGCCAUCAACAACCGCUGGAGGUUCUGUUCCACACACGCAGAUGACCAGCAACACCAUUGUCACCAUGACGAUGCCCUCUCACUCCUCCCAUGCCACAGCGGUCACUACCUCUGCCAUCCCCGUGGCCAAAGUGGUGCCCCAGCCCAUCGCUCACACCUCCCCCCGUAUCCAGGCAGACUAUUCCGGCGAGAGGACCAACCUCAUCCCCAUCCCAGGGCAUCGCCCCUCUCCCAAUCCUGUUGCCAUGGAGCCACGUAGUGACAACAGGCCCUCUGUGCCAGUGCAGUUCCAAUACUUUCUGCCCACCUACUCGUCGUCUCCGUACCCUCUGACACACACCUACACUCCCAUCACCAGCUCUGUGUCCACCAUCCGCCAAUACCCAGUCACCCCCCAGGCCCCCAGCUCAGGCAUGCCCACUCAAGGGGGUGUGGGUGUGGCCACCACUGUGCACCUCAAUCCCAUGCAGCUGAUGGCCGUCGACCGCAUCGGCCUACAGUCGGCCCAGAUCAGCACCCAGAGCCUCCAGCCCGCCUCCAUGGCUGCCCAGGGCAUGCAGUCCGCACCAAUAGGUGUGCAGGGCCUGCACGCCACUGCACCAAUCAGCACGCAGGGCAUCCAGCAAGCACCAAUAGCAACACAGCAGCCGCAGCCAGAGAAACCACCAGGAGUGGUACUGGCCGACAGCUCCACCUUUGUCACCAAUCCCAUCGGCAGCACGUUCGGCUCCACCCAGCCCGUCACCACCGUGGUGCAGACCCACCCCCAGGGCCCGGGCUCGGGAGUGCCCACGCUCGGUUCUUCCCCCAGGCCCAGCAUCCUCCGCAAGAAACCGGCCAACGAGGGAGCCGUGCGUAAGAACCUGAUAGCGGCCCAGGCAGGGGAGCCGGGCCCUGGCCGAAUGGAGAGCGCCGUCAGGGGGGUACCGGGGUCCCCGCGACCGGCUGGGGUGAAGCCCAAAUCCGACAUGCACGUUGCCAUGGCUACCCCGGUGAUGGCCGCCGUGGAGGCAUUGCCCGCCCACGCCGGAGAGCAGCAGCAGCAGCAGCCCCUCCCCACUCAGGCCCAGCACCUAUCGCAGGCCAUCCCCACGCUGCUGGCCCCACCCGUGCCCCCGCCCCCCUCCCAGCCUACGGCGGUGCUCUCCGCUCUCCCGGCGGCCAUGGCGGUCACGCCCUCCGUCCCUGCCUCCAUGGCUAACGCCGUGGCCUCCCCCACCCAGCCGGCGGCCAGUGGAACGGCUGUGUGUGCAGUCAGCUCCACCUGCCCCGAGCUCAAGGUUAAACAGGAGGUGGAAACCAUGGACACCUCACAGCCAGCAGUGUCCAGUGUGACCUCCACGCCCGGCCCCGCUCCAGCCCUCUCCUCCUCCCAAGGCCAACUCACCCUGAGCGCCCCUUCCCAGCCUGGGGACCUGCUGCCCGGAGCCUCCCCAAGGAAGAAGCCCCGCAAGCAGCAGCACGUCAUCUCCACUGAGGAGAGCGAGAUGAUGGAGACCAACAGCACAGACGAGGAGAAGGUGGGGGGCAGGACCAUGGGUGGCCGGUCGGACCGACACGAGUCUCCACCCAGGGAGUAUGUGGAUGAGGAGGGGGUGCGUUACGUACCCAAACGCAUCCGCCCCCCCAUUACUCUGCUGAGCCACUACCGCAACCCCUGGAGAGCUGCCUACCACCACUUCCAGAGGUACAGCGACAUCCGGGUCAAAGACGAGAAGAAGGGCUCUCUGCAGGACAUGGCCAAUCAGAGAGGAGUGGUGUGCAGAGCCCAGGGCUGGAAGAUCCACCUGUGUGCUGCUCAGCUCAUGCAGCUGUCAAGUCUAGAGCAUGAUGUGUACAGCCGGCUGACCAGCCUGCAAGAGGGCCUUAUCCCAAAGAAGAGGGCAGGAGCCGACGACGAGCUGCACCGCAUCAAUGAGCUCAUACAGGGUAACAUGCAGCGCUGUAAGCUGGUGAUGGACCAGGUGACGGAGGCGCGGGACACCAUGAUGAAGGUGCUGGACCACAAGGAGCGCGUGCUCAAGCUGCUCAACAAGAACGGCACCACCAAGAAGAGCUCCAAGCUCAAGCGCAAGGAGAGGGCCUAGAGACUGAACUAGCCCCCCCCCUCCCCCCAAAAAAAAAAUGCCCUCUACUUCCCUCUGAGGGACUUAAAAAGACCUAAAGACUAAUCCUUCUCAUCCCUCCAGUUUCCCCACCUCCUUCCUGAGGGCCUAAAGACUUAACCCCCCCACCACCACACACACAUACACGCACACGCACACACAAAUGCAAGCUCUUCGGCUGUUUGAUCUAUUCUCAAGUUUUCACAAAAUCAUCCACCCUCAGUGAGAGUCAUACACUCUAGAUUAACAAACGAAGAAGACCCAGACUUACUUAUGUGAUUUAGCCUUUUCUGUCUUCGGCAGUUUUCCUCAGUCCAGUUAAAGAAUACAUAUGGGGCCUUGAAUUUCUUUCUUUUUUCUUUCUUUGGACAUCUGAAAUGAGAUUCAACUGAGAAUGCUAUACACAAUAGCUGACAGUAUUUGCUUUCACCUUCUUUUUUUAUAUUAUUCUCAAAUUGUCCCGAGUUCUGGAGUCCAUUGAAGAGUUUGUGGUCUUUGUGUGGCCUAUGGUUGACUGGUAGUAGUAGUAGUAGUAGUAGUAGUAGUAGCAGCACUGUUUGAUUUAGUGUACGUCUGUCCAUCUUGCCUUUGAUGACAAACGACUUCUGGAAGGCUGCUCUAGUUGGUGAGGCCAGUUUUUAAUUGUCAUCUUUCUGUCACCAAAGACGAUCACCUUAAAUCACGUGUAGCAGCUGAAACCUUUUCCUCCCAGAAAUGAUCCAGCACUGGCCUGAGCACUGAUCAGGAUGGUCUUUAAAGAAGCCAAGACCAACCUGGACAUCCAUGCUUUUACACUUGAGACACACACACACACACACACACUCUUAUCCUCCUCCCGGUCACCAUUUGUUACACACUCACAAGUAAAAGAACUGUAUACUAAAUGAGGGUGACCGACACUAAACCUAAUAGUGCCCUUUUCAUGGUUUUGGUGCCUUUAAUGAUCAAGUAUACUUAGAACAUCAUGAGUGUUCUGUGUGUGUUUUAUACAUGAGAAGCACGUCUGUGUGAUUUAUUUCUUUCUUUUUUAUUUUCCUUUUCUCUUUUCUUUUUUGUCUUUGUUUUAAAGCCCCACAGACCAUGUACAUGUGUGGGCUUGUCUGCACACCUGUUCACUCUUAUCCAUGUUGUGCUAUCACACCAGUCCUUACAGGUCGACUGUGUGCUAGACAGGAAAUAAUGAACAUACACACGGCCCUCUCCAAACACCUAUGUAGUGAUGCUAGUCUUUCUUUUUUUUUUUUUUUUUCUUUUUUUUUUUUAACCGUUGGUUAAUUAUUUGUUUGUUUGUUUGCAAGGGGAAGAUGCUUUUAAAAAUAUCUAGCCUGACUCGGGAGCAUCAUGGAGCAGUUUGAGAAGAGUACAAAACUGGGUGACAGAAAUGUACUUGAAGUGCGAUGUACUUGUGUAAUAAAAGAAUGUGAGAAUUUUGAAGAUUUAUGUUUAAAGAAAAUUUGAGGAAGGAAAAAAAAAAAUAACAAAAAAUACAGUGAAACAGAUUGUUGUGUAAAUGAAAAGUGACUGUACACUCUUAGAUUUUUGUUUCCUUUUUUUUUUAUAUAUAUAAUAUGUUUAGUUUUUUUGUACGCAGAGAGGCAGUUAGCUGUGCUCCAUAGAUGUGGCUCUUGUUUUGCAAGUUUUAAGCGCUGAAGUUUGUGUGUUGAAAAGAGCCUGGUGAAAAAUAAUUCGGCUCCAUUUUGUACAUUUCCUUCAUGUCUGUAUAUUAUUAUGUGCUUAUGCAGUAAAAUACUGUACAUUUAUGCCA